AUGAACCUCAGAACGGAGGUGACUCUGGCGGCCCUCUGGUGGCUGAAGGCAAGCUGGUCGGCGUCGUGUCCUGGGGAUACGGCUGUGCCCGCCCUGCCUACCCCGGCGUGUACUCCCGCGUCGCUAGAGAACUCCGGCCUGCCUCGGCAGCGGACCGCAGAUGGCGACGCCGCCAUUUUGUAA